GGCAGCUAUUGGCAGAGCGCGACAGCCCCUCAUUGUGUCUAUGAUAAUCAGGGCGGCGGAGGCGUGCUGCCCCUUCUCUGCCUCCCCGGGCUGCGCUGCCUCCUCCGCCCAAGGCAAGCCGGCUUCUAUUUAAGCGCCACGACGGCUCCCCGAGACUCUCGAAGAUGACGGCGCCUCCGCCACUGGCCUCCGCAGCCCAAGGCUCCUUGGCCGAGCCCGGAUGGGAGAAGGCAGCGCGGCGACCGGCACCGGCGGCUGGAAGGCUCGGCUCCCGCUUCUCCGGACGGUGGCAUUAGCUGGUCCCGCGGCGGCUGCCAUGAGCUGCUCCGACGUGGUGAGGCACCAGCCGCAGGCGACGUGCUGCUCGCCCCAGCUCAAGCUGCCCGGCGCCGUAGCUGCGUGUCCCGCGGCCCCCGGCGCCUUUCCUGCGCCGCCCUUCGCGCACAGCCAGCAGAGUAAGCUAGCUGUAUACAGCAAGAUGCAGGAAUCUCUGGAAGUGACCCUUCCUAAUAAACAAGAGGAAGAUGAGAAAGACCAGCCUACUGAUAUGGAGUACCUUAACUCUCGCUGCGUCCUUUUCACUUACUUUCAGGGUGACAUUGGGUCAGUAGUGGAUGAACACUUCUCAAGAGCUUUAAACCAAGCUAGUCACUUCAGUCCUGAGACUGUCAUUUCAAAAAGCAAGACAGGGCUAUGGAGAGAGAAUGCAACAAUCGCAAGCCAGAGGAGUGGUUUCCCAGCUUCGUUUUGGACCAGUUCUUAUCAAACUCCACCUCCGCCGUGCUUAAGUGGAGUUCAUCCUGACUUUCCUGUUACUGCACCAGGCACCUUCUCAGCAGCAGAUCCCAGCAGCUGGCCAGGACAUACUCUGCACCAGACUGCUCCGCCUCCUCCGCCGAGUAUGCCAGAAUCUUGGCAUUAUCCAUUAGCAUCUCAGGUGAGCCCUUCAUAUGGACACAUGCAUGAUGUAUACAUGCACCGCCACCAUCCUCAUGCACACAUGCAUCAUCAUCACCACCCAACUUCGCACCUUGACCCACGGUACAGAUCUUUGCUGAUGCCUUCAGUUUGCGCAGGCAAGAUUCCUCCACCACAGUGUGAUGCAACAAAGACAGAUCCUACUGCUGUCACCAGUGCUACCUCAACUUGGGCAGGAGCCUUUCAUGGAACAGUUGACAUUGUGCCAACUUUUGGGUUUGACACAGGUAAGCUGCAGCUUUCUCUUUUACGUGGUUCGUAUUUUAGGAAGCGUGUCGUAACCAAGCAAAUUCUCAAGACCGCUGCUAAUUCGGGGGGGGGGGGGAAGAGUGGCACUGCAGGUCUUGCUGGGCCUCCUUCUCCCAUCUCCCAUCAGCCAGCAUGGUGAGUUGGUCCAAGACCAGCUGAGGGGGUCACAAUCUCCCCACCCUGAUUCUUUCUGUUAGAUAUGAAUCCCUGAUGUAGUUAGAAAGGGUUGAAGUUGCAAGAAUGCUAAGAUUUGCCAUGAUGAUCUAGAAGAAUUAGUUCUUUACUCCCACUGAAAUCAUAAAGCAGACAAACAUAUAACACACUUAAUACAGCCAAGCAAUCUCAAGGUUCAGGGCUCUAUUGCUUGUAGCAAAAAUCUAACCACAAACAUCCUGUUAUUAUAUAAAGUCAGUAGGAACCAGAUACUGGCUUUCUUGUUUUGCAGUUCUAAAUACCCUUCCUUGUUCCUUUUUUUUCAAAUUAGACAAACUUAGGAUUCUCCUUCCUGUAAGCCUGCAAUGAAUCUGGUUUCUUAAUCAAUCCUGUAUGAGAAUGAGAUGUUCUGAAUUCACACAAUGUGGACCCACGAGAUCAUGAAGUGUUUUACAAAAUCCAACCCAAAUGUUAGGUACUAUAAAACUUCCCCCAAACAACCCAGCAUAAAAGAAAGCUGUCAUUCUACAGGGCAGUCUUCCAAAUAAAUUUAUUCCAAGCACAAAACACUUUUUCUCAAAUUACUUUUAUAGAUGGGGCUCUGCCGCACCUAUACAAUCUCAUUUUAGCACUUUGAGAUGCUCUCUGAAUUGGAAGACAAAAGUUUUUCCCUGUGAACUCCAUACUCAGGACCCAGAAACUUUGUACCAUUGGAAUGACAUCUGGUCUCAUCCAUUACUCUGCUGCAGGCAUCCCAGCAGGUCUAGCUAGCAUUUGAACCACAAAGAAUUGCAUAUUAAGUAUAUAUAUCAAGUUACCUUGUGGUAAUUCAAUAUUCAUUCACUCUCUCAUGCAUUAUGUUUCAUGGUCCCUUGAAAAUAGAUUAAAGUGGCCACUUGUGUAUUGCUAAAAAUGAAGAAGCUAUGCAUCACCAAAAAAGAGGACAGAGAUUUGCAUAUACUGGAUUUAGGUAAAAAGGUAAAGGAUCCCUGGACAGUUAAGUCCAGUCAAAGGUGACAAUGGGGUGUGGUGCUCAUCUCACUUUGUGCCGGCAUUUGUCCACAGGCAGCUUUCUGUAUCAAGUGGCCAGCAUAACUAAACCACUUCUGGCACAAUGGAACACUGUGACGGAAACUAGAGUGCAUGGAAAUGCUGUUUAUCUUUCCGCCACAGCGGUACCUGCUGUACAUACAUGCACUGGUAUGCUUUUGAACUGCUAGGUUGGCAGAAGUUGGAAUAGAGCAAUUGGUGCUCACCUCAUCGUGUGGAUUUGAACCGCUGACCUUCUGAUCAGCAAGCCCAAGAGGCUCAGUGGUUUAGACCACAGCGGCACCACAUUUACCUUUACCUAUACUGGUUUUAUGUAUAAAUACAAAUAAUAGAAAUAUAAUGCAUCUGGGAAAGACUGUGGCCAGCUGACCAAUUUGCCUGCUCAGUCUCCUGUCUGGAUGCUAAUUGUUGAUGAGAAAUAAGUUACCAAUCUAUUGGUUCUUUACCUUUAAACGUGACAUGAGAAGACGGACAGACAGCCCUUCAAAUAGAGCAGGAGUGGGAAACCUUUGGCCCUCCUGGUGUUGCUGAACUACAACUCCCAUCAGCCCCAGCAUGCAUGAUGGGGGUUGUAGCUCAGCAACCUCUGGAGGGCCAGAGGUUCCUCACACAUGAAAAAGAGGACUCCUUCAUGAGGACUGUCCUUUGACAGCCCUUCAAACAGAGCCAUCCUCUAUAAAGUAUGAUACACAGCUAUCCUAAAACGGAUUUAGAAUCACACUGGAGCCGUGUCUUGAAUGUGUACCAACUUUCAUUCGGAUAUCUUUGUCUUCAAGGCAGUUAUCAUUACCACACACACACAAAACCUGAAGAUCCCAAACAGUCAGGUUAAAUCAAAGGCCUUACUUGGCUUAGGGUUAGGCAGUAAUCUGUAAAUCACUCUUAACUGAGAAAAGGAGUUGUUUGUCUCCCAGCAGCUGGUAUUCAGCAUCAUACUGCCUUUGAGUUGAGACAUUUCAUUUACUUAGCUAUCACUGAGCUAUGAUAUGUGGCAGGUGAGUUUGCAGCUGGUUUUGACUUGCAAAGAUUUAUGCAUCUCAGGAGCCCAAUAUGCUCAAGGAUCACCUCUCCUCACACAAACCACCUCGGAUCCUGUGAUCAUCAUCUCCAUGGGAGGUCCAGAGGGUGGCAUCCAAAGAACCUUGUACAGUACAUCUCCCAGAGUGUUUGAGCACUUGUGCCUGUCUUUUUACACAUCUAGUGAAGAACACUAGUAUAACUCAAUUGUAUCAAAUGGAGAAGCAGCCAUUGCUGACCUGAAAAGUGAAUUGGAAAAGGAGGCACAUGCCCCAUGAAGUAACUCUGUAUAGAACUGACCCAUAAAACUGGAUAACUACAGUGAGCCCUGCCAGCCAUGGAUCUGGAAAAAGUUGCUUAUUCUACUUCUCCCAGAUCUGGUGUGGAAAAGAGGCAAGAGCCUCAGGUUAAACUUGCUGGGUUAGGACCUAGUUCAAGUGAUGCUCAAGCCAAGGACAGAUAGGGCAAAAGAUCGAGGCUCAGAUAUAAUGUGUAAUUCUUGUUUGCCAUUGCCUAUUAAUAUACUGUAGAGUAGCAGACUACAAACUUUAGCAAGCAAUGCUACGAUCUUAAAUUGAUUUUCCUGUACUUCAAAAUAAAACCGUUGUUCCAAUUCUCAGACUGCAGUUUUUGCCACCAAGGAUAGGAAAUCCACCAGGUUUUUUCCAUACAAGUCUGACAUUACUGUUUGCAGGUUUAAUAUAAGAGUUUAUAUGGGAAAUAGUACAGUAGAUGGCUCUCACAAGUAUACUAC